AUGGUUCUUGAGCGAAAAAGAAAGUGUUUCCUUUUGAUCUUCACCAUGCGUCAUCGCUUGCUGCCCAGCGAGACCUUUGUCGGGCUUCGUUGCCAGCAGGGUACCGGUACCAGGACUGCUGCUGUCCAGGGCGGACUUGAUUCCAGGUUCGAUUGCUUUUUGCUGCCCCUCUAG